CACAUCACAAGUGCCAGAGGAUCAGGAGACAGAAGCAUCCCAACACACCUGAGCAGUGUGAGCCAAGGAGCACCGCGCAGAACUGAAAGUACUUCAAGUCCAAUCCAUUGGUGAGAAGAAGUCCUGAGGCCAUGAUUGCUUCACAGAUUCUCUCCACUCUCACUUUUGUGCUYCUCAUUAARUACAGCGCGGCCUGGACUUACAAUGUGUCCAGGAKAARSAUGACUUAYGAUGAGGCUAGUGCUUAUUGUCAGCAAAGGUACACACACCUGGUCGCAAUUCAAAACAAAGAGGAGAUCGAGUACCUGAACGCCACGUUGAGCUAUUCUCCAAGUUAUUACUGGAUCGGCAUCAGAAAAGUCAAUGGUGUGUGGAUCUGGGUGGGGACCCAGAAGCCCCUGACUGAAGAAGCCAAGAACUGGGCUCCAGGAGAACCCAAUAAUAAGCAGAAAAACGAGGACUGCGUGGAGAUCUACAUCAAGAGACCAGAAGGUUCCGGCAAGUGGAACGAUGAGAGUUGCAGUAAAAAGAAGCUCGCGCUGUGCUACACAGCUGCCUGCACCCAAGCCUCCUGCAGCAGCCAUGGGGAGUGUAUAGAGACCAUCAACAACUACACCUGCAGGUGCCACCCCGGUUUCAGUGGACUCGAGUGUGAGCACGCUGUGACCUGUAAAGCACAGAAAAACCCUGAGCACGGGAGGCUGGUUUGCACUUCACCCUUUGGGACCUUCAGCUACAAUUCCUCCUGCUCCGUCAGCUGUGACAGUGGCUACCUGCCAAGCAGUGUGGAGACCACCUGGUGUAUGUCCUCUGGGGAAUGGAGUGCUCCUCUUCCCACCUGCAGAGCUGUGCAGUGCAAUGCUCUCCCUGUGCCCCUGAAUGGCUCCRUGAAGUGCUCUCCUUCCCCUACUGGAGAGUUCCCCUACAGGUCCUCUUGCACCUUCCACUGUGACGAUGGCUUUGACUUACAUGGAUCAGCUCAACUGGAGUGCACAUCUCAGGGGCAGUGGACACACGAGGUCCCCUCCUGCCAAGUGGUGCAGUGUUCAAGCCUGGCAGCUCCAGGAAAGGUCAACAUGAGCUGCAGUGGGGAGCCWGUGUCUGGCACUGUGUGUGAGUUUGCAUGUCCUGAGGGCUGGAUGCUCAAUGGCUCUGCAGCUCUGACAUGUGGUGCCACAGGACACUGGUCUGGGACGUUGCCUACCUGUGAAGCUCCCCCAGAGUCCAGCACUCCCUUGGCAGCUGGACUUUCUGCAGCAGGAUUCUCCCUCCUGUCAUUGACAUCAUUUCUCCUCUGGCUUCUGAAAUACUUUCGGAAGAAAGCAAGGAAAUUUGUCCCUGCGAGCAGCUGCCAAAGCCUUGAAUCCCAUGGAAACUACCAGAUACCUUCGGACUUCAUCUAAGCUCAAAGGAAUCUGG